CCCCCUUCCCACCCCCAGUUCUGCCGCAGCAGUGUAUUCCCUGCGGCGUACAACCACAGCACCUUCGCCGCAACAUCAACAAAGGUUCAGUGGAGCCUUUUUUCCCUUUCUUCGUUCUCAAGCUUGGGCUUUGGACAAGAGCAAGAUGCAGGGUCGCGGUGGUCAAGGCAGGGAGGACGACGAGGAGCGACGCCGACAACAAGGGGGUGGUGCACCGGGAUCUGGGGCCAGCGACUACUUGGCUGCAGGGGCAGCCGCCGCCACGGCCGUCGGCGUGCUCUACGGCGCUUAUAAAAUCUAUGGAGCACUGAGGGGUGAACCUGCACAAGAACAUCAUCAGCAUCAGCCUUCAAGGACUGAAAUGACUGCGUACCGACAGGCACAAAUGGGCCCUGAAGUGUCGUCCUACAACUGGUUUACAGGAUGGUUCAACCCAAAUACUUUGAGCUCAUUUUGGCAAAAAGUGAAGGAACAACAAGUGGAAGAGAGAUUAGCCACUGAAAAAGUAGUGUUUGGAGAGUCUGUAUUGCGGCCCGAAGCCUUGAAGCAUGGCUACAACACAUUUGACCCCUGGUUUCGUAACUUACUAAGUCAUGUUUUACGCAUUGACAAUGGUGAACGUCAAGAGUUUGUGAAAGCUUUUGAUGAGAUAAUUGAUGUCCUUCUGAAAGAAAUGGGAGAGGCUGACCCUCUGUUCAAAUAUUUGUAUAGACAAAUAGCCCCUGCUGGAAGCUCUUGGGAGGAUCUCAAAAUAUGCUCCCCAGAUGAGUUUGAUUUGAACCUUAUACUCUUUCCACUUGAUAUUCAAGAGAAUGUGACGGUUGAAGAUGUUGGGAGUGGUCAUGUUGCCAUAAGAUUGGACUAUGGGUUUGAUGUCCCUGAAAAUAAAGUUUUAAAGAAAUUUGGCUGCCACAGUGAAAAAUUUCCAUCACAUUAUGAGUCUAUCAAAGCGCAACUCAGGAAUUGGGUUGAAGAAUCCUAUGUGAGCCGAUCCAACGUUAUGAAUUGGCUGAAAAGAGUGGUUGAUCUGGCUCUACUUCGACUCCAAAGACAUCAGUGGAAUUUUAUCAGGCAUAUGUCGCGCUCUACUUCCGGGCCUGCUGUGACUAUCAAUGCUACUAUGAAAAAUGGAAAAACAUUUUCUAUUGACUUGGUUCCUGCUCUUGAGUUAAGUCAGAAACAUCUGCCCAAUAGAACUUCUGCCAAACUUAAAGCUAAAAGUAUUUCUCGUACAUGGUAUGCAAUUCCAAAAGGCCCAUCUGAAAAAUCUCACCAGAAAAUGUGGCGUACGAGCCUUUAUGAAGCUGAGAGAGAUUUUAUGAAUGGACAAUACCAUGUAAAGCCUUGCAUCCGUAUUAUGAAGAGGCUACGGGAUGUGCAGGAGUGGAAGGUCCUCUCCAGCUACUACCUCAAGACCAAAUUUAUGUGGAUGAUGGAAGAGCAAGAGCUCCGCAAAAUGGGUCUUGGUCGAAUAAUAAUGCUUGCUUUGCAGAGUCUGGAAGAUGCUAUGGAAAAGAAUCAAAUUAAUUAUUACUGGGAUGAUAAACUGAAUUUAUUAGAAAAUAGGGGCAACAAAGAUUUUUUUAACAAUGCUCGUAAUCGCCUGAGAGGAAUAAUUAAAGAAUUUGAGAGAAGUGUGCAUGAUGACACUGUUAACCCAAUGCGUCUCUUUGGUUGUGACAAGGAUGGAAACCUGCUGACAUUCCAAAAAAAACCAAGUUUGGCUGAAAGGAGUCCCUCCAGCUCCAAUGCUGAAGCAAACUGUGCAGUGAUGUGAUGAGGAAUAGCCAUGGAUCCACUCACUGAAGACCACAUUGGAGCAUGUUCAGAAACCGACACCCAAUGUUGCUUCUAAUGCAUAAUAUCUAACAGUUAUCUUGUACUUUUUACUUAGGAGCACGCUAACUUUUUUUAUUCACUUUAUACUGGUUUUGACAUGGUUUUAUACUUUAAUUUACAUGGUGUUGUGACAUUAAAAAUAAACCUUCAAUUAAAUUGGUU